CACACUUCUACGUAGUUCAUUGCCGGAAAUGUCGAAAUCUACGAAAAGAGAUCUGAAAACAAGUAGGUUUUUGGAGGGAGAAAUAGAUCCUGACAAAGUGUUUGCAGAGUCGCUUGAGAGAAGCCAUUCUCAUAUCUACGACAUUGAUUUACAUGGUAGAAACAUCAGAAGAAUAUCAAACUUAGAACAGUUUGUUCACGUGAAGACUCUCGAUCUCUCUUGCAACAGCAUAACCAAAAUAGAAGGCUUGGACUGUUGCACCGAUGUUAGAGAAUUAAAACUCUACUCUAACAAUAUUCACAGAAUUGAAAACCUGGACAAACUGAAACAACUUUGCCAACUAAAAUUGCAGCACAACAAAAUUAAGACGAUUGAAUCAGGACUGCAAUGUCUACAAAAGCUCAAACUUCUUCGUUUGGACUACAAUUGUCUCACCAGACUAAAUCAUGGGGAACUUGCAGGAUGUUCAAAUUUAACUCACCUUGACCUCAGCAAUAAUUUUUUAGAGGCAGUAGAGGGUCUAGGAUCACUGAUUCAUUUGGAAGAGCUUCGCCUAUCAAACAACAAACUGAUCAUUUUGCCACCUUUGAAGCAUUGUACAAAGCUUGAAGACCUUGACUUGUCUGAGAAUCCUCUUUCUGUAAUGCCACAACUGAAUUUCCUACAGUCACUGAAGAGGUUAAGAGUUGAACGAACAGGAAUCACUAGUUUGAAACCAUUUGGUCAUCUCAAAAAACUGCAAGAACUGCACACAGCACAUAAUAGUAUCUCAAAGUUUGAGGAAAUCUCUGCCCAGUUUCCUUCUUUAGAAAUCUUGGAUGUCAGACACAACCAGCUUGAAUCAUGGGACUGCAUAGUAUUGUAUUGCAAUGAAGCCACCACAAUCCAUUGCUUUGAAUGUUCUAUCUUGCAGUGUGAAUUGAAUUCGCUUAGACACUUGGUGGAAUUGAAUAUAGCAGGGAAUAGUUUUACCUUAACUGAAUGUGAAGACCAGACAAGUUACCACUACAAAGUAGCACAAAUAUGUCAGACCAUUGAAAUGGUAGAUGACGUGCAAGUGCUGAAAGGCAAGUGUUUGUCUGAAGAACAUAAACGACCAAUUAUGAGACCAACGUCUGCAGCUAGAGCUCUGAAUACACAUAAAGUGAAAGAACAGCUUGUUAGUAUGGAAAAAGAACUGCAGUCAAUACAAACAGCAUUAGAAAACAGGUUGACUGCUAUCACUUCAGUAUGGGACUCGCUGUCUCACCCAUCAGUUUCACUCGGAUCAGCACAAACAGAUCGACAAGUAACUGGAAAUGAAAGGUCAAGCAGUCGGUCAAGCAGUCGAAGUCGAAUCCUCAAAGCACGAGAAUUUGCAGAAGAGCAUUUCAAUAACGUUACUUAGCCUUGUAAUAGCAGUGUACUCAUAGGUUAGAUAAAACUCUAAUGAAAUGAUAAACUAUGAAAACAAC